AUGUCAACGGAUAUACCGUAUCCCUUCGCACCGGGUGAGUGGCUACCACCACUCAGUCGAGUCUUCCACUACGUAAACACCCUUCGAGACGAGUGUCUAAAGGACUCGCCGUACCCCAAGCACGAGCCACAUUCUCUCGACCCAAGGAGAAAAUAUCCGAAAGUCAUCACCGACUUCAAAGACCUCGUCGAGAAUGACCCCGGUCUCAAAGAACUCUCUAAAAAAAUGUUUGACGAAAUACCCCGGUUCGAUACCGAUCAGUCCAAGUUCUAUAACGUACGAAGCUUUGAUGAGGCUUUGAGAAUCUUCGACGCUAUCCUGUUCCAAUCGCCAUCUGUGAUGACUCUUAAUUCAGGAAUAAGUGGCAUCACGGUCCCAUUCAACGCCGUCCUGAACUGGCCGGCGAAUACCCCCAGUGGAAACGAGUUCUUCUUGAACAAGGAAGUCAACGAAAAGAUCAAGAACAUUGUCAACCAAUGGGGAGCAUUCCUGCAGUCCCCUGCCUCCCGAGAAUAUCUCAACGCGGAUCCCGACAAUGGCUGGUUCUCCCCGGCGUAUGUGACUAAAAUGAAAGAGUAUGCGCAGUGGGAUGGACCUAUCGAAGACCUGUACGUGUGCGAUCCUACCAAGGAUUACUGGGGCUUUGGAUCGUGGGAUGCAUUCUUUAUCCGUAGGUUCCGUCCCGGGCUGCGACCGGUUCGUGAGGAUGACGAACCAGACAUUUACAUUGUCAGUCCCUGCGAGGCCGGUCCCCAAGUUGAAGAGGGGAAACAAUAUCCCAAAGAUGUUAGGAAGAAAGUGCAAGCCCGUGAUACGUUUUGGUUGAAAGGCCAGCCGUACUCGAUUUUCGAUAUGUUGAACUAUGAUGGCUUAAGCCGACGUUUCGUGUUCGGUACCGUUUACCAGGGCUGGCUCAGCUCUGCGUGCUAUCACCGUUGGCAUGCACCGAUCUCUGGGACGAUCAAGAAGGUCGCACUCGUCCCAGGUACUUACUAUUCCACAGUCAUGUCACAUAACUAUCCGGAGCCAGAUCCGUCGGGGCCCAACCUCUCUCAGCUGUAUCUGGCUUCGGUGGCUACUCGAGCGCUUAUAUUCAUCGAGUCGAAUUAUAAGCCAUUGGGGUUGGUGUGCUUUAUCGCGAUUGGAAUGAACGAGAUCUCCAGUUGCGAGGUGACAGUGAAAGCGGGUGACAGCGUAACCAAGGGAGAGGAGAUAGGGAUGUUCCACAUGGGAGGUUCAGCGUUCUGUCUGCUGUUUGAAAAUGGCGUGGAUCUGAAGUUUGAGGAUCUACCAACUGGCAGUACGUUGUUCAAAUUGAACAGUCGUUUAGCUGAGGUUCUAGUAUAA